AUGCACCCGGAGGACGGGACGGCCAGCACCAACGGCACUGGUAUGAGUGGCCACUACUGGCAUCUCCUUCCCAAUGGAAGACUCUUCAUCGCGGCGGAGGGCAUGCGCUUCGAAUACGAGUUCAAGGGCGAGUUUCCGAUGAUCGGCGCCAUUAUGUUGCUCCACCGCACACCGACGCCGACGAAAGCGAGCAUGCCAUCGCAUUUGCCACUUCGGAGGAAGGCGUCGACGCCGCUGACAGUGACUGCUACUUCGAGUAUUCGGAGUAUAAUGGGGUGGUAUCGAUACCUGCUCUCUUUUGCCACGACGCCGAGUACCGUUCUGACCGGACGUCGUAUCAUACGUAGGGAGUACGGGUUGAUCCGGACCAAGAGCGGGGAGCCCCACCACCUCCCCACGAGUACGAAGACCGGCGCGGCCAGCACCGAGGCCACUGCGAUGAGUGUGGAAGAGGGUGACGGUGUGGAGGAGGGUGACAGGAACGCGGAUACAAUCAGCGUCUAUGAUCCAGAGGACGGUGAAGACCAGGACCACCAGGAGGAUAUGGGCGGAGCGGCGGAUAUGGGCGAUGCAGGUGGCGUGGAUAAUGGUGUAGAUACGGGGAGGCAUGAAAAUGCUGCAGCUGAAUCUGGAGCAAGGUUGAACGCUGCUGCUACGAGCGCAAUACCAUUGGACCAAUGGAACACUGCCAAUACGAAGGUCCCAGUGACGAAGCGAUUCCUGGAGAAGGCCGACAUUCAUGGUCGAUCCCCACUGGAUGUUCUCCACCUCAUACAAGGGUCGAUAAUCGCCAUGAAGAAAUCCACGACAUCCGGUAUCCGAUCUGCUCCUGGCUCCGACACGCAGCUGGAAGACGUGGUCCUCCUGCACGCCACCGUCGCUGCUCGAACACAGUGGAUGGACAGAGCUGAGCGAGGUCGCCACCUUUUUGGGAAGCGGAGUGUGGUUGCAACACUACCUCUUUUUCAGCGGAAAAUGAACCGCAGACCCGACGCCGAGGAUAGCCACCAGCUAUCAGCACCAAAAAAACACAGAUGCCACCCAUCUGAUUCGGGCCCCGGCAACCUGGACCCCCCAACCGCCCUUUCUACCACUCUCGACACCGACGACCUCGACACCUGCACCGCUACGCUGUCCACCCUUGCCCUCUCCGCACCUGUCGACACAACCUCGCGUCACGACCCGCGGUUCUUUCCCGACACGUUCCUUAUCGCGCCGAUCGGGAAUGGGAGGGUGCAUAAAGCGAGGGAGAGGAGUUUGAGUCCGAACGAGAGGAGGAGGGGUGCGGGGGAUUCGUGGGCGGCGUAG